UUAAUUAAGACCAGCCUAUUUCCAUGUGCCCUCCCCUAUAUUUUAAUACCCUGCAAUAUUCCUCUACCAAUCAAUUCCACCUCGCACUUUCAGCCCUAUAUAUAAUCCCCCCAACAUCAUACAACACAAGAAUACACACACACACACAAUUUCCAAAAUUUCCCUCAAAACCCCAAAAUGGAAUUACUUCUUACAAAAACAUCUCAAACUAAACUUCCCAUCACAAUUCUAUUACUUCUUGUUCUCACCCCACAUGUGCAUUCAACCAGCUCAAGUUCUAAGCCAUCGCAGGCCUCCCUGAACUUCAUCAGACAAUCAUGCAACACGACAACAUAUCCGUCCCAGUGCAUCAAGACCCUCACUCCCUACGCCUCCUCCGUUGGGACCAACCCCUUGAAACUAUGCAAUGCCGCCCUAGCGGUGGCCAUCAAGGCGACGAGCAAUUGCUCAGCCACCGUGUCGAAGCUGUGGAAGCAAAAGGGCAUCACGCGGGCCGAGGGCAGCGCGAUCAAGGAGUGCAUCGGCGAGCUGAAGGACGCAGUUUACGAGCUGAAGGAAACGGUGAGCGCCAUGGGGCAUUUGGGGGAUGCCGAUAGGGAAUUCCAAUGGGCUAACGCGAAGACGUACGCAAGCGCGGCGAUCACGGAUGCCGAGACGUGCAUCGAUGGGUUCCUGGGCAGGAAAGUAAGCUUGAAGGUGAAGAGAAAGAUAAGGGGGUGUGUUUCGGAGGUGGAGAAACAUAUUAGUAAUGCAUUGUCACUUAUCAAUCAUCUUUAUUGAAAUCAUAAGUACUUAGUUGUGUUUGGUUGAUUUGUUAAUCUGUGAUUGUGUUUAGAAGGGUACGUAUGAUCAAAUGAAUGGUUUGAAUUGUGGUAAAAGUACAAAGGUUUAAUUAAGGUGGGAAUUAAUGAUCUGUUUUUAUUGUUGAUA